GCAUGAUUACAAUUAAAAAUGUGGAAUGUGCAGACCUGGCUGCUCUUGAAAAAGGGUACAGGGUCACACAGGUCUGCUGGGGGCUUCUCCUUGCAUUGUCUGUGCUUAUCUAUGGCUCCCACGCCCCAUUGAUUACCCUGUGUAAAGUAGACGACAAGAUCCCAUUCAGCUCCUCAUCCUGUGUCGUUCUGAUAGAAUUGGCCAAGUUUAUAGUAUCUCUGGGGCUGCUGUUUCUCCGAGAUCGACACUCCUUGCACUUUGCAGUUUCCUGGAGACACGUUGUCCCCUACGUGCUCCCAGCUUUGCUCUACGCAGUCAACAAUAACUUGGUGGUUUUCAUGCAGAUCCACAUGGACCCCAGUACCUUCCAGGUCCUGAGCAACUUCAAAAUUGCCUCCACAGCCCUCCUUUAUAGCGCCUUCUUGCGAAAACAGCUUAGUCGCAGGCAGUGGUUGUCACUGGCUUUGCUGAUGGCAGCAGGGAUAUGCCACACAUACAGCAGCAUGGACACACCCAAGCAUAAGGUGGAUGAAGCCAUAUCUGGAACACAGUUUCACAUCACUGUCCUGGGCCUGCUACUGGUGUUUGUGUACUGCAUUGUGUCUGGCUUGGCUGCUGUCUACACAGAGCUCAUCCUUAAGACUCAGAGACUGCCUCUGAACCUGCAGAACCUCUUUCUCUAUUUCUUUGGGAUUGUAGUGAACUCAGGCACCCACCUCGCCAGUGCCGAGGGCAGCGGCUUUUUCGAUGGCUACUCACGGUGGGUGGGGGUGAUCGUGGUUACCCAAGCUCUGAAUGGGUUGCUCAUGUCUGUUGUCAUGAAGCACAGCAGCAACAUCACCCGUCUCUUUGUCAUCUCUUGCUCCAUGCUCGUCAACGCUGUUUACUCUGUUGCACUGUUUAGCCUGCAGCUUACUCCACUCUUCUUUGUUUCUGUUUUCUUUAUUGCAGUGGCCAUUCACUUAUACUACCAUGUGUAAAAUGUAUGGGUUAUGGUAUAAUUCCUUCUGAACAAUGACCUUAUUUAUUUGGUGUUAGAUUCGAUCCCUAGGGAAGAAAUAGUGAGCGUCUGGGUAGUCUGCUGGAUCAUAUUUUGAGUCCUGUCAGCUACAUCAAAACUACUAAGGGCAGCACACACUUGACCCCUGUUUGGCCAGUCAACUGCUCAACAGAAACCACUGAUAGCAACGUGUGGCUAUAACUGAAUGUCUGAAUAAGUUAAAGACAACUGGACAGUUGUGAUGCAGAUAAUUUACUAAAUGUAAGCUGCAUUCCAUUGUUUUUGAUGCAACUCUGAUUUUUGUUUUCAUUAUUAUUCUGUUGAUUGUUUCUUGGUGCUUUGUAUCAUGUGCAUAUAUUUUGCUGUGAAAGUUGCAUGGGUCCUCUUUUGUUCCAUUUAAAUUUCCACAGUUGUCAUUGAUACAUUGCAGCUCUUAUACAAUGUUACUUUCUGCCUAGCUACCAUUUACCAAUAGCAUGUAUAAAUUGUGCUAUCUUGAGGAAAAAAAGGCCAACGUUUAUUUGUCACUGAUAUUCUUUAUGAAUUUAGAUGUGAACGUGUGAUUUAAUUCUCCAGUGUCAACCUUGCAAUCUGUAAGAGCCUGUGACUGUAUAGGGGUAAAAGUAAUGUAACAGUAACUGCCUCGUAUGUCACUUAAGGCAGUGUUCUCCAACCCCCUGUCUUUGUAAACCUUGUCUUCUUUUUACAUAUUCUUAGUUUAUCACUUUUUAACCCCAUUGGGACUACAACAAAAUUGCCAAUAAAUAAUGUCUUUGUUUACACUUAUGUACAGAACAGUUGGAGAUCACUGGUGCUCUGUUCUUAAUACAGAUAUUACAUCUGUUUCUCUAUUCAAUAAAGUGACCUAAACAUGUA